AUGGACCCUGCUCCAGCCAGGAGUCCAACCGCCCAGCCGCAGCAAACUACCCAUGACACUUCAACAAUUAACACCCCCGAAAUCAAAAGACGUAGUUUCGAUCAUUUUCCUACCACCGAAAGGACUAUCAAUUUCACGGAAACCGAAAAUGACCCGGAAAUCACUGUCGCUGAUCUCAGCGCCAAUUUUCAAAAUAUUUUGAAACAAAAUAAUGGUGAUGGUGCAAAUAAAGUAAUUAGUGAUCGUAUUAUUGACUUGUUAGCCAAAAAUAAUAUUAGUGCUAGUGAUUUUGCUAAAAGCAAAUUGGUGAGUGAAUUGUAUCAUUUGGAAAUUGGUGCUUCGAAAAUUGAGAAUUAUAUUUGUAAGAAGCAAAUUGUAUCGGCUAUCAAUGGGGCGAGGACUGGACAAGUAUGGGCUUUGAAAAUGUACGAUUCAUCGGCGAAGGUUCCAGGGGGGCUCCUGCACGGAUCGCAUUACCAGUUGGGAAAUUACGAUGAAUGCAUGUCGCCCCCUUUGAGACCGGGGCACGCUCCUGCAGGAAUCGCGCCCCAAUACUGCAUUGCCGAUGUCACCCUAACGGCAUCGAAGGAGAUGGCCAAGAGAUCGGGAUUGUUUCAGACUGGCCACUUCAUCCCAAAAUUCACCACAAUCAAUUGGGCAAUUUGCCUUCCGAGUGCUUGCACCGCUCAAGAUGCAGAAGAUAUUCUUCUUGAUGCCAUUUCACCAUAUAAUAUGACGACAGGAUUAAAAAUAUCAUUGGAUGUCAAAGAUGAUAUGUGCUACAAAACCAAAAACUGUAGAAUGGUGGAGGCAUUCUCCCGAACCUUAGCCACUCUUGGAUUUUAUAUAUUUAUCUUUGGACUUGCAUGCUUGGCGACUCUUAAGGAUUGCUGGCAAUCCUGGACAGAUGUUGCUGAUACCAAAGAACAACAUGAAGAUGUUGCUGAAUAUAAGGAGACAACAUCAAAACAAAGAUGGUAUAGCUUUUGUCACAAAAUACUUAUGUCAUUUUCUAUAAAACGAUCAUGUGAGGAAUUACUGAAAAAUGAGCAAACAAGUGAUGACAUUCAAUGCAUUCAUGGUAUCAGAGCUGUAACCACCUUAAUUUAUACUGUGCUCAUAAACUUUUGCCAAUUGCUAGGAUUCCUUUCUCAACACAGGACAUUCCUAACUGAGCUUGCAAACUCUCAAUGGAGUGUUUUUCUGAGAGUAUCUUUGAUAUAUACAGAUACAUUUUUAUUAUUGAGUGGCGUUUUGUCUGCGUACAAUAUGAGCAAGGAUAUGAUGAGUAAAGGUGAAAUUUCAUGGUUUAAAAGACUUAUCACUCGAUAUAUACGACUCACUCCUGCUUUGGCAGCUGUAGUACUAUUUUAUGCCUAUAUUUGGGACCACAUAGGAGGCGGGCCUCAGUGGUCAAAUGUUGUCAGUGCAAAUGCACGAUUGUGCCAGGAUAAUUUAUGGAAAAAUUUGUUAUAUAUACAGAACUUCUAUCCUUUCGAGGAAAUGUGUGCGACCCAUACCCAUCAGCUUGCUCUGGACAUGCAGCUUACAAUUCUUGCACCAAUUUUAGUAUGGUUUUUAUAUAAGGCACCAAUGUGGGGUCUUGCAUUACUUGGUGGAUUUCAUUCCUUGUCUGUUGGUUUGAGAUAUUUUUCUACACUCAACCAUCGAUUGUCAUUAGUGAUUUUCCAUGGAAUAUCACUUUCACAAUUAAUAAGAACUGCCAAUCUUACGUAUGCAAUUGCUUUGCAUAGAGCUACUCCGUAUCUUACUGGUGUUGGACUUGGAGUGAUGUUGAAGAAUACUGAAAAAAAUGUCCGUCUUCCUAAGGUGAUAGUAGCAUUAGGAUGGCUGGGUGCUUUAUAUUUUUUCGGUUGGACUUUUAAUGCACCAGCACAUUUAGCUAAAAGAGAUUACCAGUAUAAUGUAGAAGAAGCUGCACAAUUUGCAGCAUCAUCUUCAGUAGCCUGGGCCUUGGCAUUAAGUUGGCUAAUUUUUGCUUGUCAUACAAAUAAUGGAGGAUCAAUAAAUAGUUUUCUGUGUAGUAGACCAUUGAUCCUGCUGAGCAGGAUUUCCUACGCAAUAUAUUUAGUACAGUUUAUUAUAUUUUUCUAUAAUGUGGGUACUUAUCGAUCAUCGACAGUUUUUGAUGUUAUGCAAUCUUUUAAUGUUUUAGAAUUUGUUGCUGUGAUAAUUGCAUCAAUUGUGGUUACUUUAUUAUUUGACACUCCUAUGCAAGCUAUAAAAAAUAUUAUCAUGAAAUCGUCAAAUGAUCAGAAGCCUGUCGAAGUGUUAGAAAAUAUUGAUGAUCAGCAUCAGGAAGAAAAUGUAACUAGUGGGAGUGAACAGGAAGAUAAUGUGCACUAUCAAUAUCAUAAUUAUAAUUCACAAGAAACUGCUGAUGUAUCUCAUGAUUAUGAAGAUGAAGCAGGUGAUGAAAAUCAAUAUUAUCGGCAAGAAAGUCAAGACAGCCAAGAUAUAAAUCCUAUUUCUGAUAGAGAAAUGAGCUUCGAUGAUGAACUAAGUACUGAAAGAGAUCCAAAUUCAGAAAGUGCUCAGGAAUAUAGUCAUGAUCUUCAUGAUUACGAAUAUAAUGAUGAAUUAGAUGAAGAAGAUGCUACUGAACCUACUACUGAGAGAGAAAUCGAUGGUGAAGAUCAUGAUCUUAAAGAUUGGGAAUGGACUGAAAAUGAAGAUAAAAGAAAUGAUGAUGGGGCUGAUGAAAAUUGAUAAGAAAUAUAAUGUGAGUUUAUUUUGAUGUAAACUGAA